AUGGCCUCCGACGAUGUCCCCGACUCAACCGACUGGCUCUCGACGCCGCUCUCCGGCUUCGCCGCCGUCGAGGCCGCCCUGCGCUGCCAGGUCUGCAAGGACCUCUACAAGACGCCCAUGAUCACGUCCUGCUGCCACACCUUCUGCUCCAUCUGCAUCCGGCGGGCGCUCUCCAACGACGGCAAGUGCCCCAUGUGCCGCGCGACCGAGCAGGAGCUCAAGCUGCGCAGCAACUGGUCCAUGGAGGAGACGGUCGAGGCCUUUUCCAAGGCGCGGGCGGCGGCGCUGAGCCUUGCGCGGAGCCAGCAGGACGGGGCGAGGACGAGUCGGUCGCCCAAGAGGAAGGCCGCUGGGGAGGUGGUAGCUGAGGCGCAUGAGCCCAAGAGGUUGCGGACGUCGGCGAGGCUGAGCAGGAACCGGGGCGAGGCGUCAGUGCCGGUUACGCCGUCUGAGGAGGUGGAGGAGCAGAUUGUUCCCGAUUCGAACAAUGACGAGGAGGACGAGGACUAUGUGCCGGAUGCUCCAAACGGCCUUGUCCCCUGCCCCUUGUGCAACAGGAGGAUGAAAGAGUGGCAGGUCUUUGGCCACCUGGAAACCUGUCCCGGGCCAUCAGCAGCAAGUCCUUCAAGAAACACAAUCACCCCAGAUAACCCGUCAUCCUUUGCGCAAUCCCACCGAAAACAACAAAAGACACUCGAACGCCUUCCUCCCCUCAACUACUCCAUGCUCAAAGAACAAGCCCUGCGCAAGAAAAUGUCCGACCUCGGCAUCUCCAACCAGGGUCCUCGCAUCCUCCUCGAAAAGCGCCACAAAGAAUGGCUCACCCUCUGGAACGCAAACUGCGACGCAGCGGUACCGAAGAAGCGCUCCGAGCUGCUGCACGAUCUGGAUGUCUGGGAGCGGACGCAAGGGGGGCGGGCGCCGACGAUGGGAAGGGUCGCGCAGACCGCGGCGGUGAUUAAGGAUAAGGAUUUCGAUGGCGCGGCGUGGGCGGCGAGGCACGAUUCUUCCUUCAGGGAUUUGAUUGCGAGUGCGAGGAGGAGUCGGCAGGAGACGACGAAGAAGAUGAAGACGGAAGAGGUGGAUAAAGGGGUGGAGGGGGCGUCCGAAAGCUCAACGCGGAGGUAUUCAGAACCGGUGGUGAUUUCGUCUUCUCAACCACUCGAGGACGGGCCAACGACGGCUGAUAACGUAUCGGAUCAACAUCGAGAGAGGAGAUCGGACGCAGCGCCGGGGUUGGAGUCGACAAUGCCCCCUUCUCAUGCUGAGCCAAUGGCUUGGGAGCUGUCUCAACGACCAUUAGCCUCGACGCCGUCAGCAGAGGGGGCGAGUGCGAGGAUAGUGGACGCAGACAAAUACUGA